AUGGCAAACAUCAACUACCGCACAAUCGACGUCGACUCGCUUGACCCGGACGCCCCCGUAAAUUUCCCCCUCGAGACCCUUCUUCCUUCCAACCUCCCGCCGUCCUCGUCCUCCGGUGCCGCCGCAAACAUCGCUUCGCAGAUCCGGCAGCUGCUGCGGUCCGGCGACUCGGAGGGAGCUUUGCGCCAUGCUCUUGACACGGCACCGCUAGGCGGAGAUGAUCGCGCGAAGGAGGUCCAUCUAGCCACGGUUGUAGAGGUGUUGCAGAGCAUACGGCAGGCGGAGAUGGCGAGGGUGCUAGAAGGCGUGUGCAGCGGGGAGGGAGGGGUGGAAAGGGGAGAUUGUCUGAUGAAAUACUUGUAUAGAGGCAUGGCGUCGCAAUCCUCAGGCGGUGGGGCAGCUCCGUCAUCGAAGAAGUCGUCUUUGUCACCGCAGAGCACCGGUUUCUCGCAGAUACAAGGUCGGAACUUUGGCGAGGGUGGCGGUGGCCAGCAGAUGGCUGUGCUGCUGAACUGGCAUGAAAGAUUGGUCGAGGUUGUCGGUGUAGGUUCGAUUGUACGAGUGAUGACGGAUCGACGCACUGUCUGA